GUGCAGUUUGGCCAUGCUGGAGCCUGUGCUAACCAGGCCUUUGAAACGGCAGUGGCUAAGAACCAAGCUCUGAAGGACGCUGGAGCCUUCGUUCCCAAGAGCUUCGACGAGCUGGGCGACAUCAUCAGGUAACUGUCAAUAACCACGGAGACAGUCACCAUGGAGACAGUACUGCUCUGAAGACGGGGUCAUCAAUUUGAGACUUUAAAGCACUUCAAACACCGCUCAAGAUUAAAUAUUAUUAAUAUAAUUAAUGGGUUUUGGUUGAAUUACGUUGAGUCUAACGUUUUCCAUAGCUUAAAGGGGAAAUUCAAAUGAGCACUUCAACUCCUUAUCAUUCUAGCCAUCAAAUAUAUCAAUGGCCAUAUAUCGCGUCAUCUAUGUGUGAACCAGUGCUUGUGCUAGUGAGGUUUGAAAAUCACUGGUUGAGUCUUGGUUUCAUUAGGCUUAUGUGUCAUGAAAUUCCUAAAUUCGACCAAAAAAUCUGUCCAUGUUAACUUUAAUCUGUGCUUCUGGGUUAUGACAGGACAGUGUACGAUGAACUGGUGGCCAAUGGAACCAUUGUUCCCGCUCAGGAGGUUCCACCGCCAACAGUGCCAAUGGACUACUCCUGGGCAAGGGUAAGAAGACCUGGUAUUCUACCUUCCAAAUAACUGAUAAUACAGUGCCUUCAGAAAGUAUUCAUACCCCUUGAUUUAUUCCACAUUUUGUUGUUACAGCCUGAAUUCAAAAUGAUGAAAUUAAAUUUUUUCUCUCACCCAUCUACAGACAAUAAUCCAUAAUGACAAAGUGAAAACAGGUUUUUAUACAUUUUUGCAAAUGUAUUUAAAAUGAAUUACAGAAAUAUCUAAUUUACAUAAAUAUUCACACCCCUGAGUCAAUACAUCACCUUUGGCAGUGAUUACAGCUGUGAGUCUUUCUGGGUAAGUCUCUUAAGAGCUUUGCACACCCUGAAUUGUAGAGUAUUUGCCCAUUAUUCUUUUUUAAAUUCUUCAAGCUCUGUCAAAUUGGUUUGUUGAUCAUUGCGAGACAACCAUUUUCAAGUUAUGCCAUAGAUUUUCAAGCAGAUUUCAGUCAAAACUAAUUCGGCCACUCAGGAACAUUAACUGUCUUCUUGGUAAGUAAUUCCAGUGUAGAUUUGGCCUUGUGUUUUAGGUUAUUGUCCUGCUGAAAGGUGAAUUCAUUUCAGUGUCUGGUGGAAAGCAGACUGAACAAGGUUUUCCUCUAGGAUUUUGCCUGUGUUUAGCUCCAUUCCGUUUCUUUUUUAUCAUGGAAAUACUCCCCAGUCCUUAAUGAUUACAAGCAUUCCCAUAACAUGAUGCAGCCACCACUAUGCUUGAAAAUAUGGAGAGUGGUACUAAGUAAUGUGUUGUAUUGGAUUUGCCCCAAACAUAACACUUUUUAUUCACGACAAAAAAGUAAUUGCUUUGCCACAUUUUUUGCAGUAUUAUUUUAGUUCCUUGUUGCAAAAAGAAUGCAUGUUUUAGAAUAUUUUUUAUUCUGUACAGGCUUCCUCCUUUUUACUCUGUCAAUUAGGUUAGUAUUGUGGAGUAACUACAAUGUUAUUGAUCAAUCCUCAGUUUUUUCCUAUCACAGCCAUUAAACUCUGUAACUGUUUUAAAGUCACCAUUGGCCUGCUGGUGAAAUCCCUGAGCAGUUUCCUUCCUCUCCGGCAACGGAGUAUCUUUGUAGUGACUGGUCUUUGUGGUUGAAUCUGUGUUUGAAAUUCACUGCUCGACUGAGGGACCAUACAGAUAAUUUACAUUAUGGGGUAGUGUGUGUAGGCCAGUGACAAAAAAAUCUACAUUUUAUCAAUUUUAAAUUCAGGCUGUAACACAAGAAAAUGUCAAGGGGUGUGAAUACUUUAUAAAGGCACCGUAUAUCAUAAAUCACAUAACAUAUACGCUUCCGUUCAAAAGUUUGCGGUCACUUAGAAAUGUCAGUGUUUUCGAAAGAAAGUCAUUUUUUUUUGUUCCAUUAAAAUAACAUCAAAUUGAUCAGAAAUACAGCAAACACAACGUGCCAUUGGAACACAUGACUGAUGGUUGCUGAUAAUGGGCCUCUGUACGCCUAUGUAGAUAUUCCAUUUUUAAAAAUCAGCCGUUUCCAGCUACAAUAGCCAUUUACAACAUUAAGAAUGUCUACACUGUAUUUCUGAUCAAUUUGAUGUUAUUUUAAUGGACAAAAUAAUAAGCUUUUCUUUCGAAAACAAGGACAUUUCUAAGUGACCCCAAACUUUUGAACGUUAGUGUAUAUGAUCAUAUCUGAUGAACAUAAGUGAAAGUAUUAUUGUUUUAUUGGUGUGUAGGUGUAAAUAUAGGCAGCAGUAAUGGUUCUGUUGGGGCAUGGUACUGGUAACGCCAAUGUGGUGAAUUUCCCAAGGGUACUAGCAUCAGAGCUUGCCUCAUUCUUCAGGUUUUUUUAAAUUCUUCCCCAAGACACUAAACCUACACACUGAAGAAUGCUUUUAGCUGAAACGUUUGUAUAUUAUUCAUAAAAUUAAAAUGCUCUUUGACAAUAGUAUAGGUGUGGACCUACUGUAUUCUUUUGUGGACACACCAACUAAGAAACCGUUUGGGAGACCAUAAUGGUUUUCCAUUCCAUUUCCUUAAAUGGGCAAUCUGCAGUUGGUACAUGAUUGAUACCCAUUUGAUUCUUGAAGAACAGAACUUAUAAAUGCCUCACGCACUUAGUUCAACUCUUAUACCAUCAGAACCCAAAAUACAGUAUAAGCUUGUUUUACUUCUUUGUUUGUAAACAAUGUAAAUGUAAACAAACACUGUAUAGCCUCAAAACAUGGUUAACACUAUAAUUUGAUCAAUCUUUGUAUCCAUAGCUCUGUCCAUGAGUUUGAGAGUGGUUACAUUUCUCCAGCCUCAAACCCUCAGCUGUUUAUCAAAUUGGUGGCAGGGUGCCCGCUUUGUUAUAGUUGGGACUGCAGAUUGCCCCUUUAACAAAACAAUAUAUAUUGUCUUUCCUUCUGUGUGUCCCUAGGAGCUGGGUCUGAUCCGCAAGCCCGCCUCCUUCAUGACCAGCAUCUGUGACGAGCGCGGCCAGGAGCUCAUAUACGCCGGCAUGCCCAUCACCGAGGUGUUCAAGGAGGAGAUGGGCCUGGGAGGCGUGCUGGGCCUGCUCUGGUUCCAACGCAGGUGAGAGUACAGUCUGGCCCCCUAGCAAAGAGACAGGAGUCCAGUCUGUUUGGGUCGGUGCCUAAUGAACUGGACCCUAGUAUACACAUUGCAGUGUCUUCCAGUUGCUCGUGUUCUCCCUGCCUCUAAAUGAAUCAAUAAGGAGUGUCUUUGAUUGGCCAGAGAUUUCUCACACCUGAGUUUUGUUAAUUUGGCACCAAACGGAAGAAAAAGGACUGACACCAGGAAGGAUUACCUGGACUUUUUGUACCUGCAGAAUUUCGUUUUCUGUUGCAAAACAUUUUCCGUUGCGUGCCCGUACGAAUGAACACGACCCUGGUUACACAGUGCACACUCCACUUUGGCGUUUUGCACUGACAUGACCCAAUCACUUCUCCUCCUCCCCCUCCAGUCAUCAUCCCACAUCUUGAUUUGUCCCUAGGUUACCGCGCUACGCCUGCCAUUUCAUUGAGAUGUGCCUGAUGGUGACUGCAGACCACGGGCCAGCCGUGUCUGGUGCCCACAACACCAUAGUCUGUGCCCGUGCCGGCAAGGACCUAAUCUCCAGCCUGACAUCCGGCCUGCUCACCAUUGUGAGGAUACACACACACAUUUGUCCACACACACACACACACACACACACACACACACACACACACACACACACACACACACACACACACACUGUGUGACUUCCUGAUUUCAAAAUCUAAUUUUUAAAUGCAACUAGUCCAGAGACCAUUAGUAUCUAUCCAAUGGCUUCCAUACCUCUCAGAUUAAAGGUCUUGAAGGAAGGGAAUGAGAGAAGGAAGAUUUUAAAGACCAUGACUUCUGCACUUGCACACUCCCCAUCGUGGAUUUAAAAAGCACAGCAUUGGUCUAAGACUAAGCAUUGGCUGGAGAGAGUUUCCACCAUUUGUUAAAUGAAUGCAAGAAAGUGUGUAAAUUCAGGAAAAGAGUGGAGAAUUUUGAUGUAGCCCACUGACAAAAAGGGUUGUCUUUACUUGUAAGAGUUUAGAGACGAAUAAACUUUGUUGACAUUGUUUUCCAGGGGGACCGCUUUGGAGGAGCUUUGGAUGCUGCGGCCAAGCAGUUCAGCAAGGCGUUCGAUAGCGGCAUGCUGCCCAUGGAGUUUGUCAACAAGAUGAAGAAGGAUGGCAAGCUGAUCAUGGGUAUCGGGCACAGGGUCAAAUCGGUGAGCAGUAAAUGACAAGGAUUUAAAUUUAAAUAUAGCUCAAUUUCCAGUUAAUUUGAACAAUUCAAUCUCAAUUUGUUUGACUGAAUUUAUACUGAACAAAAAUAUAAACACAACAUGCAACAAUUUCAAAGAUUUUACUGAGUUAAAGUUCAUGUAAGCAAAUCAGUCAAUUGAAAUAAAUUAAUUAGGCCCUAAUCUAUGGAUUUCACAUGAUUGGGAAUACAGAUAAGCAUCUGUUGGUCACAGAUACUGUACCUUAAAAAAAACUGCCUCACAAUGGGCCUCAUGAUCUCAUCACGGUGUCUCUGUGCAUUCAAAUUCCUGUCGAUAAAAUGCAAUUGUGUUCGUUGUCCAUAGCUUAUGCCUGCCCAUACCAUAACCCCACUGCCACCAUGGGGCACUCUGUUCACAACGUUGACAUCAGCAAACCGCUCACCCACACAAUGCCAUACAGUGGUCUGUGGUUGUGAGGCCGGUUGGAAGUACUGCCAAAUUCUCUAAAAUGACUUUGGAGGUGGCUUAUGGUAAAGAAAUUAACAUUAAAUUCUCUGGCAACAGCUCUGGUGGACAUUCCAGCAGUCAGCAUGCCAAUUGCACGUUCCCUCAAAACUUGAGACAUCUGUGGCAUUAUGUUGUGUGACAAAACUGCACAUUUUAGAGUGGCCUUUUAUUGUUCCCAGCACAAGGUGCACCUGUGUAAUGAUCAUGCUGUUUAAUCAGCUUCUUGAUAUGCCACACCUGUCAAGUGGAUGGAUUAUCUUGGCAAAGAAGAAAUGUUCACUAACGGAUGUAAACAAAAUUUGAGAGAAAUAAGCUUUUUGUGCAUACGGAACAUUUCUGGGAUCUUUUAUUUCAGCUCAUGAAACAUGGGACCAAUUAUUGGCAAAAUAUCUGAUCUGAUUGGUCAAAAGAUAAAUGAGUGGCAAAAGAUCAGAAUUGGGCUGCCUCUGUAAACACACAACUAUAAUGUUUGCUAAUUGACACCAUGAUUUGCAAGAAAGUACACAUUACACGGGGGAAUCUCGAAUUAAGAUUUGAUUCCCAUCCUUAAUCUUAAUGCCUCACAAUUAAAUCAGUUCAGAAAAGUGUGUAUACCCCUACAGCUCAGUGGCAGAAUGGAUAGAUGUAUAUAUUUGCUGGCAAAAUGAUCUAAAUGUGUUGAUUUAAAAAUUGCAGAUCAACAACCCCGACAUGAGAGUCCAGAUCCUGAAGGACUUUGUGAAGGGGCAUUUCCCUGCCACUCAGAUGCUGGAUUAUGCUCUGGAUGUGGAAAAGAUCACCACCUCUAAGGUACUGCACUCUACUAGCCUCUCACUUCUCUGCCUAGUGGGGCAGGCUACUUCUUUAGGGAAUACUUGCCCCCAAAAGCGUAUACGUGUGAGCAAAAGGAUGGAAACUCAUUCCAGCUAUCAAAAACUAAUGGUUUAAAAAAAAAAAAAAAUCUGACCCCAAUUAUUUUUUUUUUACUUUCAUUUUUGUCAAGGUUACAGGUACCAUACAUUCAUAUCAAGCGUAAUGCUGCAGUUAACAUAGUUUCUACUAUUUUGAAUCCAUUCAUGGAAGUUAGAGGGCAUAUUUGGCAGGGAAGGAAAGUAAGGUAUUGGAACAAUCUGUCCUUACCCCCUGACCUCUCAUUCCUUUUCAAGGCCAAAUGUAUUAACUUGCACAUACAGUGCAUUCAGAAAGUAUUCAGACCCCUUGACUUUUUCCACAUUUUGUUACAUUACAGCCUUAUUCUAAAAUUGAUUAAAUUGUUUUUUUCCCUCAUCAAUCUACACACACAAUACCCCAUAAUGACAAAGCAAAAACAGGUUUUUAGAAAUGUUUGCGAAUUUAUUACAAAUAAACCGAAAUAUCACAUUUACAUAAGUAUUCAGACCCUUUACUCAGUAUUUUGUUGAAGCACCUUUGGCAGUGAUUACAGCCUCGAGUCUUCUUGGGUAUGACGUUACAAGUUUGGCACACAUAUAUUUGGGGAGUUUCUCCCAUUCUUCUCUGCAGAUGCUCUAAAGCUCUGUAAGGUUGGAUGGGGAGCGUUGCUGCACAGCCGUUUUCAGGACUCGCCAGAGAUGCUCGAUCACAUUCAAGUCCGGGCUCUGGCUGGGCCACUCAAGGACAUACAGAGACUUGUUGCGAAGCCACUCCUGCGUUGUCUUGGCUGUGUGCUUAGGGUCGUUGUCCUGUUGGAAGGUGAACCUUCACCCCAGUCUGAGGUCCUGAGCGCUCUGGAGAAGGUUUUCUUUAAGGAUCUCUCUGUACUUUGCUCUGUUCAUCUUUCACUCGAUCCUGACUAGUCUCCCAGUCCCUGUCGCUGAAAAACAUCCCUACAGCAUGAUGCUGCCACCACCAUGCUUCAUCGUAGGGAUAGUGCCAGGUUUCCUCCAGACGUGACGCUUGGCAUUCAGGCCAAAGAGUUCAAUCUUGGUUUCAUCAGAUCAGAGAAUUUUGUUUCUCAUGGUCUGAGAGUCUUUAGGUGCCUUUUGGCAAACUCCAAGUGUGCCUUUUACUGAAGAGUGGCUUCCGUCUGGCCACUCUACCAUAAAGGCCUGAUUGGUGGAGUGCUGCAGAAAUGGUUGUCCUUCUGGAAGGUUCUCCCAUCUCCACAGAGGAACUAGAGCUCUGUCCGAGUGACCACCGGGUUCUUGGUCACCUCCCUGACCAAGGCCCUUCUCCCCUAAUUGCUCAGUUUGCCUGGGCGGCCAGCUCUAGGAAGAGUCUUGGUGGUUUCAAACAUCUUCCAUUUAAGAAUGAUGGAGGCCACUGUUUUCUUGGACCUUCAAUGCUGCAAAAAAAAAUUUUGUACCCUUCCCCAGAUCUGUGCCUCGACACAAUCCUGUCUCGGAGCUCUACGGACAAUUCCUUCGACCUCAUGGCUUGGUUUUUGCUCUGACAUGCACUGUCCACUGUGGGACCUUAUAUUGGCAGGUGUGUGCCUUUCCAAAUCAUGUCCAAUCAAUUGAAUUUACCACAGGUGGACUCCAAUCAAAUUGUAGAAACAUCUCAAGGAUGAUCAAUGGAAACAAUAUGCACCUAAGCUCAAUUUCGAGUCUCAUAGCAAAGGGUCUGAAUACGUAUGUAAAUAAGGUAUUUCUGUUUUUUUAUUUGUAAUAAAUUUGCAAACAUUUCUAACAACCUGUUUUCACUUAGUCAUUAUGGGAUAUUGUGUGUAGAUUGCUGAGGAAAAAAAAAAAAAAAAUCUAUUUUAGAAUAAGGCUGUAACGUAACAAAAUGUGGAAAAAGUCAAGGGGUCUGAAUAAUUUCCGAAGGCACUUUACGUUGUGAUGCAGUCACGACCAUAAGUAUUACAAAACUCAGUUUUGGAUGCACUGAUGACUUCAUGACCAAAAUAUCAGAUUUACACUUUGUAGUACAUUUUGACAGUAUAGUAAAUGUUUGACUCAUAUCGAUGCCACAUGGGCUGUUUUCUAAAUGAGAAGUAGUUUUUCAGGAGGAGUUGCUUUUUAAAGUUACUGUAUGCUGACUGACACAACCAAGGCUACUGAACUGUAAAGAAAAAUGCAAGUGUCCACAUAACAGACCAAAUCAACUCCAAACAUGACAGAUAAGAAGCUGUUCUAGUAUGAGAGAUACUUUUAGAAAAUGUAACAUGUGGCAAGCAUUUUUUUCUAGCUUUCAAAUGGACACAUUCUUGUCUUCUCUCCCCUGCAACUCUUUCCCGGGUCCUUAGUGUACAAGAGAAAGAAGUGCACUGUGUUUUCUGUCAAUAUACCUGGUAAAAUAAUGGUUAGCUUGCGGAGUCUGGUACUUGUGAGAUUUGUUUGACAGUUUGCAGUGGAAAACAUGAAAAAUUGUAUUAACUUUCAGAAUGGUUUGGCGACCUACUCAUGUGUUCUGCGAGCUUCUGGUAGCUCACGAUCGACCUGUUGGAGACCCCUGCCCUAUAUGAAUAAAAAGAGACAUGAGCCAAAAAAAAAAAAAACUUUCCCAUUUUAAACAGGGUUAAUAUCAAGUUGUUGUAAGGUUCAGCUUCAGUCCACAGGGGGGCACUGUGUCACUCAGAAACGUUUAGCUCUUUGGUCUCAUCUAGCCAGCCAGUAGCUACCGAAGUGGCUAGCCAGCCAAGCUAGCUACAGAAACAAAACCCAUCAAAUACACUCGCUGGAAAUAACACUAUCUAAUAUCAUGACUUAUAUCAACAUCCUUAGCUUGCCCAUUCACUAAAUGUACUGUUGAAUAAAUCUGACACCCAAUAGCUUAAGGAUGCUGAGCACUAAUGCUAGUUUAUUAGCAUUAGCCAGCCCUUAUGCUGAGGGAGACUAGCUAGUUAGCUACCACCAACCCUGUACAAACCCGUGGCUAACUCUGCUGCUGCACUUUGGACUUUCUGACAGUUCGGCCCUCUCCACCUCAUCCACUGCUGCCUGCUCGUGCUCAACCUGCUCGCUUCUUUUUCCUCUCUUUUGAAAGAUGUUCCGAAUAUCCAUCUUUUCUCUGUGCUACACUGCAGACUCUGAGUGACGAUCGUUUUGCUGAGUGAUGACAUUGACAUCUAACCGGUGCUGUGGGGGAGGGGUCAAGGGACGUGAGUGGUCCACUGCGUUGUAAAAUCUUGACCGAUCAUAGCAGCUACCGCGUCACUCCAGGGGCUGCAUGCAGUGCCUACUACUGUGUUUCCACUAGAUAAGAGCCACAAAGUCAAAAUUGGUCUUAAUUCAAGCUCAGGCAUAAGGUUAGCAGUGAGGUUAGGGUGAGGUUUUGUAGAGACAUUUUAGAAAUAGGUGGGGUUUAGCCAUAAUUAAUACUUUGUGGCUGUGUUAACUAGUGACAACCCUACUACUGCCUAGCACAGUGUAUUGUUAUUUUUGUCAUUAAAAUGUGUAAGUAAGGGGCCUCCGAGUGGCGCAAUGCUAGAGGCGUCUCUACAGACCCGGGUUCAAUCCCGGGCUGUAUCACAACCGGCUGUGAUCGGGAGUCCCAUAGGGUGGCGCACAAAUGGCCCAGCAUCGUCCGGGUUAAGGGAGGGUUUGGCUUAUCGUGCUCUAGCGACUCCUUGUGGCGGGCCUCGCGCCUGCAGGCUGACCUUGGUCAUCAGUUGAACGGUGUUGCCUCCGACACAUUGGUGCGGCUGGCUUCCGGGUUAAGCGGGCGGGUGUUAAGAAGCGCGGUUUGGCGGGUCAUGUUUCGGAGGACGCCUGACUCGACUUUCGCCUCCCGAGCCCAUUGGGGAGUUGAAGCGAUGAGACGAUCGAAAUUGGGGAGGAAAAAAAGGGGAAACAAAAGAAAACUAUAUAUAAGUAAAAAAUGUAAUAAUUUGUACUGCCUAACGCAUGUGGUAUGUGGUUAUGGAAACACAUAUCAGACUGAAUUUUAAAAAUAUAUAUUUGUCCAAAAGGUUCAGGGGUGAUGCCACUGGCCCAGAGGUCAAAGGUCAAAGUUCUGUUGACCUGAACAUUCCAUAAAUGUUUCUGAUGGAUAGCUGUGAAUGUUAACUUUAUAAUGAUAUAUGAUUAAUGGGUAUAUGUGAGCAAUAACGUGUUGUAUACUGAGAUUGUUUGUCAUAGAGUAAAAUCCCUAUAGGACUAAUGAAUGGGAUCGAGGGAUGAAUGAAAGAGUGAUAACAGAUAUUCGUCACAAUAUUGUUUUGAAGGUUAAUUUUGAACUGAUGCCCAACUGAGCAUUCUACUCAAUUCAUCAUCAAUAAGCGCUGAUGAAGAUUUCAUCAAAAGUGCAUUACAGUGGCUUGGAAAUACAAUGACUUUCAAAAGGAGGCAAAUAAUUAGUAGGAAAACAUUUUGUCAUUUUGAUGUAUGAAAAUGUAUGCACUCACUAACUGUAAGUCGCUCUGGAUAAGAGCGUCUGCUAAAUGACUAAAAUGUAAAUGUAAAAAAUGAUGUCACCUGAUUUGACUUUAGACGUUAGCUAGCUAGCUAAGAUUGAGGGGAGGCCACCGGAUCGUAGCUAGCUAACGUUAGCAUUGCUAGCUAUUUUGGACAAACUUUGCUAGCUAAUGACAACAUUGCCCUCUGUCUAAAGUAAAUUUGGCGACAUGAUAAUGCUUGCAAAGUUGUUUCCUACUAAAUAUUUCACUACUUUAGCAAUGUCAUCGUAUUUCCAGGUACUAUAGUGUAAUUUAGAUGAAACCGUAGUUGGCGUCCGUCCGAUUUCAUUUAAUUUUUUCAGGAGGUGAUUUAGGCUACAUGCAGCUAUUUACAUUUUAUACGCAAAAGACAUGAUCGACAUGUUCGUACAAAGUUUGUUUGUUGUCUGUUGUAACAGUAUUGCAAACCUAAGCAUGACACAAACAGGCAGUCUAGCGAUUUCAUGUUCUUCUUAGCUGCUGAGUUACAAUACAUGCAGGCGAGUUCGUUUUGACAUUGCCCGGUGCCCCGUGUAGGUUGAGUGUGCACAUUUGAGACAGUUCCAUUGCCCCAAUGCAAAACUCCAAAUGGGGAGUUACAUGCAGCUAUCUAGGCAGCAUAUUAAACACAAGCAAGACACGUAAUCUAAUUAGCGGUUUAAUGUUCUUUUUUCUUCAUCAUUGUACACAUUGGCUAAGCAGGAGGCAGACAGGCAGUCAGUCGUAGUGUUGUUUUUUCAGGAACUCUGGCUAGUGGCUACGAUAUGGCAGCAACUAUAAAUAUUAGCCUACAUCAUCUCAGAAAAUGCUGAUUGUUUUUGCUCUAAUGCAAUGUGUAGGGAAUGCGUAUGUCCUGCUUGUGCAACUGCAAUGUCCAUUAGGACAGAAGGUAAAAAGGUUAUAGCCUUUGGAAUGUUCGUUCAAAUUGCCGCAGGGUUUUUAUUUCAGCUGUUCAGAAAUAUCAGGCAGAGACUAGCUACAUCAUCGUGGUUGAGAAGGGGGUGAGUAAAGAGAAACGUGAAGGGAUAGGGAGUGUGAGCAGCAACUACGUAGAAAGAAAUGUGCAUAAAAAUAACACAUGCGCCGAGUGUGAUCCGGAUUCUUAACUUUAAGAAAGAGGUUCCCAGAGGGGCGGGUGGAGGCGGAGCGGGGGCAUACUCAGUAUUCACAGCCAAACAAUAAUGAGCAGUUAUUUAUGAUGCAAAGUGAUUUGUAGAUCAGUCUGCCGCAAUGCCGGCUGCAAUGUUGAACAAGCCCAUUGAUUCAUCAACUAAGUAUUGUUGUUUCUCUCCUGUCUCUGUGUGCAGAAACCCAACCUGAUCCUCAAUGUGGACGGCUUCAUCGGUGUGGCCUUUGUGGACCUACUUAGGACGUGUGGUGGAUUCACACGGUAAGAGGACGUUUCUCUUUUUAUAUCUUGCAUGUGGCCAAAUCUUUACUUAAGGAAUGUGUGCAAAACGUGAACUUUGGCUCAAAUCAUGCAUUCAUUGAUGUCAAUUUGAGAUUGCUGUUAAAAAUCGAGCUACUCACAAUAUGACUCUUCCCUGAGUGUUAAUCGCUUGUAGAAAAGCAAGCUGAGCUGGCCUGUUUUAAUUCAGGUGUGUAGGUCUGAUGGAGGUUUGUCCUCCUAUCAUUCACAUACAAAGAUAUUAAGUGGCUGUGCACAUUAUAUUUUCCCAACACGUUUCAGAGAAGACUGUAAUAGUGACUUUGUAGUUGCAGUCUGGCAAGUGUAUGUGUUCUGCGUUACAGAGACGAAGCGGACGAGUUUGUGGAGAUUGGUGCACUGAACGGGAUCUUUGUGCUGGGCAGGAGUAUGGGCUUCAUCGGUGAGUCCCAUUGGCUUAGAUCGGUGUCUCACAACAUUAAACCCACCUCAUAUAAAAUCUGGUUCGAAUACACAAAUAUUUGAAAUUCAACCCAGGUCUGCAGUAUAUGCUGGAUUUCACUCAUCAGUUUAACACUAAUUUGAAUGUCCAGUUAACUGAAGAACACUGAGGAUCACCUACACUGUAACAAAUUGGUGUACAUUUAGUUAGCUACUGUAAUUCCAUUUUACAGUAAGGUACUGUAUUACCUGUUUUGCUGUAUAUUUACAAAAGUAUACUGUGAAUGAUGGUGCAUUGUGAGAAAAUGUUGUGGGCAGGGAAAGAAUCUCUGGCUCAUUAACAUAUUUUGAGGCAUCCCUUGUAAGAGGAUUUAUUUGUUGCACACGUUAGUGAGAAUGCUGUACCCCACAAAAUACAGUACCAUACCAUAUUUAAAAAUUGAAUGUGUAUAGGGGACAGAUCAGAGUGGCAGCAAGUCUCAAACCUUUAAUGGUUGAGUCUUUUGCCAUGUCCUUUUGAUCUGUUUUUGACCUGUGUUCACUGCCAGUUUAGAAGCCUUUGUUAAGGUCUCUAUAAGUGCAAGUGAUAUAAAACACCAAAUAUUCAUUGCCAGGCUGCAAUAUAUAAUUACAUAUUCACUGUUAGCAAUUGCUGUAAUUGUAUUACAAUACAAUUUAACGAUAAAGUACUGUAUUGCUGUUUUGCUGUAUGUUUAAUGCAGCUUACUGUAAAUUAGGGUGCGUUGUUAAAAAAAAGUUGUCGGAGGGGAAAGAAUCACUGGCUCAUUACAUUUUUUUGAGGCGUGCCUUCUAAGUGGCUAUUUUUGUUGCACCUGUUAUUGAGAGUGCUGUACCAAUUGAACUGAUAUGUGGUACAUUUACAUUUACAUUUUAGUCAUUUAGCAGACGCUCUUAUCCAGAGCGACUUACAGUUAGUGAGUGCAUACAUGAUUUAUUUAUUUUUUCAUACUGGCCCCCCGUGGGAAACGAACCCACAACCCUGGCGUUGCAAACGCCAUGCUCUACCAACUGAGCUACAUCCCUGCCGGCCAUUCCCUCCCCUACCCUGGACGACGCUGGGCCAAUUGUGCGCCGCCCCAUGGGUCUCCCGGUCGCGGCCGGCUACGACAGAGCCUGGAUUCGAACCAGGAACUCUAGUGGUAGUAGUGCCCUAACAAUUUAAUGUGUAUAGGGGACAGAUCAGAGUGGCAGCAAGUCUUAAACCUUUACUGGUUGCAGGAGUGGUGUUAACGCAGACAUAAAAAAAAAAAGAGAACGCAUAAGAAAUAUCUUGCUGCGUUUUGUAAAAGGAGAUCUGAAAUGCUUAUUGUAAUAUCUGCUAAUUUUGUACUUCAGUUGCACUUUUCCACUCGGAUAACAAUUCACGAACAGGCAUCAGACAGCGCUCUGAUGUGUAGCCUACUUUUCUCCGUUAAAAUGCAAGAUUAACUUCAAGAAAAACAUUCGGAAUAUGAUGGCCAUGCAUCGUUUUUGCGAAAAAGACCUGGCUUUUUCAUUGUAAGCUCAUUUACUUGAUGAAAAUGAAGCUAUUUUCUACAGAAUGUGUUGUCCUCAUUUAUUUUCUGUGAAGGAAAACUAUAGUUGCACACCCCUGAUAACUCUAUUGAAGCAAAAAAACACUGUUGACUUUCAAUAUAAAACGCAGGUGAAAUAGUUUAAAAUGCAAUUUUAUGCGGAUGUUGUGCGUUUUGAAAAUGCAGAUUUCUAACGCGACCCCUGGGUUGAGUGUUUUGCCAAGUCCUUUUGGUCUAUUUUGCCCUGUAAUCACGGGCAGUUUGGAAGCCUCUAGAAGUGCAAGUGAUAUAAAUGAUCAAAUAUUCAGAAAUAUGCUGUAAUAUACUAAUACCUAGCAGCCAACCUUCUUGCACCAAUCCAAUGUAAUUCUGUGCUGCCAGUAUGUUACUGUAGAUUUACAGUAACCUACUCUUCUGCCAGUAAUUUACUGUAGAAAUUACAGGAUCCUUUUUACAGUGUACUGGAUAGAUGAAUUAAUGGGUCUGUCCAGCAUGGCGGUGCAUAGGGAAAGGUCUACAUUUACGUUUUGGUCAUUUAGCAGACGCUCUUAUCCAAAGUGACUUACAGCCAGUGCAUUCAACUUAAGGUAGCUAGGUAAGGCAACCACAAAUCACAGUAAUAGUAAGUUAUAAGGUGUAGUUAAAUAUGGUCUAGUUAAUCAAUAAUCACUUUCUCUACUUCCCAUCGUUAGGUCAUUACCUGGACCAGAAGAGACUUAAACAGGGCCUGUACCGCCACCCAUGGGACGACAUCUCCUACGUGCUUCCUGAACACAUGUCAAUGUAA